AUGAAUAUUUCCCAGAGUAGUGCGGGUCUUGGCACCGUGCUGCCUCUUACUAGUUUCGAGAACGUGCUUUUGUUUCUCUUCAAUGUAAUCCUCGCCACCGCCAUCAUUUUCCUCAACGUGUCCGUGUUUCUGUCCAUCAUGAUGAACAGAUCCCUGCGCAGCGAGAACCGCUUCAUGUACAUGCUCAGCACGUGUCUCAGUGACAUCUGCUCGGGCGUCUCGUAUUAUUAUGCUGGAGUUCUGGAUGUACGCGAUUAUUUUGAAUCCCCGACAAGCACUUUCUAUAUCGUUCCCACUUUUCUGGGUCUGUCCUAUAUGGCGAUUCUGGCCGCGCAGGCGGACCGUUACCACGCGGUCUCAGCGCCUUUCAAAUACUCGCAGCGCAUGACCCGAAACAGAACCCUGCUGGUGAUUCUGGCCUACUGGCUUUAUGCUUUUUUGAUUGUGGCAGUUUAUAAUUUGGUGACUACGGGGGUCGCUUGGAAAGUGAUGGGCCUUGUUACUUUUAUGUCGAACAUUUUCACUGUCAUUAUCAUGAUUGUUUUGAACGUCAGGCUGUUUUUCAUCGCCAGAUUUCAGCUACAGCGCGAACCGCCGAGCGCGGAACGGGACAACAAGCGCGCGUCUAUUUACCUCAUCGUAAUAGUGGCUGUAUGUUUUUUGAUCGCGUGGUUGCCAAUUUUUCUUCAUGUUAUUGCGUGUAAUUUCGCAGGGUUCACGUGCUAUACGUCCAGAAAUGAGGGUUCAGACCCGCUGCGCAUUCUGCCACGGGUAAAUACAGUUCUGACUCCCUUAUUGUAUAUCAGGGGCUGUUCUGCACUAAGGAGCACCCUACUAAGUAAAGUCUGGAGAACAAAAUGCUGCAAGAGGAAAAGGUAA